AGGAGUGAUCCGCCAUUGCGGUGCUGUCUGUCUCUCUUCAUCAUAAACAAACUGCGAAUAAAGAUUAAAAUACCGACACAACUUGUUUCCAGCGACAUUAAAUGCGAUCUAAAAGCGAGAAGUCUUUGUGAGAUGCCCAAGAAAUGGAUCUACGGCCUGUGCAAACAUAUCGAUGCUCUCCAUUGGGAUGAUACAGCGUCCUUACCAUGAACACCAGACGCAAUGAAACAUGGCUGGCGAAUGUCACAGACCUGGGAGACGGCAGGACUUGGGUGGUGGAGUCUGUUGUCAUUCUUGUAAUCGCUCUGUUCGUGUGUCUGGGUAACCUUAUCGUUGUGGUGACCCUGUAUCGAAAGCCCUAUCUCCUGACUCCGAGCAAUAAGUUUGUGUUCAGCCUGACGCUGUCUAACCUCCUCUUGUCCGUUCUGGUUCUGCCGUUCGUGGUGGUCAGCUCUUUUAAUGGAGAAUGGCUGUUUGGUGUUGUGUGGUGUAACUUCACAGCACUGCUGUACCUGCUCAUCAGCUCUGCCAGCAUGCUGACUUUAGGAGCCAUUGCCAUCGACAGGUACUAUGCAGUGUUAUUCCCUAUGGUUUACCCCAUCAAGAUCACCGGAAACCGUGCUGCAGUGGCCAUCGUCUAUCUGUGGCUGCAUUCUCUAGUGGGCUGCCUUCCACCUCUAUUCGGGUGGUCCGCGUUCGAGUUCGACCCCUUCAAGAAGACGUGCUCGGUGGCUUGGCAUCGCGAACUUGGCUACACUGCAUUCUGGGUGGUGUGGUGCUGUCUGAUUCCGCUCUGUGCCGUGCUGGUGUGCUACAGUCUCAUCUUCCGCGUGGCUCGGCUCAAAGCCCGCAAGGUGCAUUGCGGGACGGUUGUAGUGUCCCAGUUGCCCUCGUCGUCCAAUAGGAACGGCCGAAAGAACUCCACUGCCUCUGUUUCUUCCAUCGGCAGUCGUAGAGGCAUCAUUUACGCCGGCAGCCAGUGUAAAGCACUGGUCACCAUUUUAGUGGUGGUUGGCACCUUCUUGUUGACGUGGGGGCCGUAUGUCGUAGUGAUUUGCACAGAAGCAGUGUGGGGUAAAGGAAGCGUGUCUCCCGGACUGGAAACGCUGGUGACCUGGCUGUCAUUCGUCAGUGCCGCGUGUCAUCCUCUCAUAUACGGGCUGUGGAAUAAAACCGUUAGGAAGGAGCUGCUCGGCAUGUGCUGCGGUGACCACCACUACAGAGAAUCCUUCGUCAGCCGUCACAGGAAGUCCCGCCUCUUUAGCAUCUCCAAUCGAAUCACAGAUCUCGGUAUGUCUCCACACCUGACAGCCAUGCUUGCAGGUGGAGGUCAGCUUUUAGGUGCCGGGAGCAGCACAGGAGACACCGGCUUCAGCUUUUCCCAGGACUCGGGUACAGAUAUCAUGUUGCUUGAUAACUGUUCCGAGUGUCCAGAAACCUCCCACUGCAGUGCUUCAUUCAACAAACAUAGAUGCUCCGUCAUGUUUGAGGACCAGGUGGAACAUUCAAAAGGUGAAGAUCAGUCCCAGUGCCUGGUGAAGGCGGAGAUACACCAGGCGAUUGACAGCUUUGCGUCCAGCAUGGCUAAAGCCAUAGAAAGCGAUGCCAAACUUCUUUUGAUUGACAAUAUUUCAUCAUGUCAGCCCACAGAAAGCGACUCACGCUACCCGGACGGUCAGAGGGUCCGCCUGGAGAGUAUCGAUGAGGGAAUUGUAAACGAUGACAAAGAUGAGGAAGAUGAAAUCGAGGAAAUUUGUGCAUGAAGUUGAUCGAUGUGUUGGUGUCUGCAAUAUUCGUGCAAAUAACAAAGACACCUUUCAUUUAACUGCAAGUUCAUACAUCAGUGUUGGAAAACGAUUACUUUCAAAGGCCAACAUAUAAUGAGGUGUUGAAUACACAUGUGUAGAUAUUAGUUUGUCGGCUUUAAAUAUAUAUUUCAUUGUGUCAUGUUUUACCUUGUGGCCUUUACUGCACGUCUGAAUGGAUGUGGAUGUGUUGGUAACCUUUAGACCAGCCAUAACUGUAUUUAUGAACCACUGUCCAGAAUGACAACAGUUCACUUUUGUUCUGAGGCACUGCUUGAGCUUUGACAACAUUCAUUUUUCUAUUCUGGUUUUUAAAAAUAAGGUCAUACAUUUCCACAGUGAAUGUUUUUGCAUUCUUAAAAUUGUAAAAUAAUUAUAUUUCAGACCAAAAGGUAGAAAUUAUUUCAUGAUGAUGUAUAAUCGUUUGGAAUAUAGCAGUCGUUUUAUUACAAUAUUUCAAGAUGUAAACAUUGUGUAAUAUUUCAUUAUUUGGAGCACUAUUGAAAAAACAACAUUUAAAUGAAAAGUUAUUCGUCUUAAAUAUCAUAACCACCUUUCUUAUAUUAAACUGCCCAUCUUACUUGAAAAGUAAUGGUGUCUGCUGAACAUC